AUGUUUGGAAAAUCUUUUCUAAUCCUACUUUUGUUGGUGACUCCAGGAGAAACGAGGAAGUCAUUUCUCAGUUUUCUGAAUCUACAAAAUACAGAAACUCUGUUGUUUGCAAAGACAGAAGAAACUGUCGUUGUAAGGUCCCAUUAUAAAGGCAAACGGCCUGACUCCAGCUACCUCUUUGUGAAAUUAGAGGAUCCGAAGGUGCUGCGGGUGGUGAAUGUGACCAAGACUUUGCUAGGCACCACAGACUUUACCAUCAGCCUAAUGACCUUCCCAGGAGAGACCAAUCUGACCAUCCAACUCUGGGAUGCCAAAGGUAGGCAAAAAACACUCAUCGAAGAGAUAAAGAAUGUUAAAGUCAGAGUGCUCCGACAGGCAGAAGACAGCCUCUUCCAGGCUCCCAUGCAUGUCAGCUGCUAUACUUUGAUGCUUGUUUUAUUGAUGAUCCUUUUAAAUAAAUGUGCCCUUGGCUGCAAGAUCGAACUCCAGGUGCUUCAAACAGCAUGGAAGAGACCUUUGCCCGUGAUUAUUGGGGCAGCUAUCCAGUUUUUUCUUAUGCCAUUCUGUGGUUUUCUUUUGUCUCAGAUUCUGGGAUUGCCCAAAGCACAGACUUUUGGAUUUGUAAUGACCUGCACAUGUCCAGGAGGAGGUGGGGGUUAUGUUUUCGCUCUCCUUCUAGAAGGAGAUGUCACUCUGGCCAUUCUAAUGACCUGCACAUCAACAUCCCUGGCUCUGGUAAUGAUGCCUCUCAAUUCUUACCUGUACAGUAGGCUGUUGGGAUUGCCAGGCGUAUUUCACGUUCCUGUGUUAAAGAUUGUGUCUACGCUCCUUUUCAUCCUCGCACCAAUAUCGAUUGGCAUAGUCAUUAAGCACAGAACACCCGGGAAAGCGGUCUGUUUAGAGAGAGUAGUCCGGCCUCUGAGCUUGACUUUAACGUUUGUAGGGAUCUGUUUGGCUUUCAGGAUGGGGUUGGUAUUUCUGAGAAUGGCCAACCUGGAUGUGCUUCUUUUGGGGCUUUUGGUCCCUGCUCUAGGCUUUUUGUUUGGCUAUUCCUUUGCUAGAGUCUCUAUGCAGCCUCUUCCUGUUUGCAAAACGGUUGCUAUCGAAUGCGGGAUGUUGAAUAGUUUCUUAGCCCUGGCCAUUAUUCAGCUCUCCUUUUCACAGUCCAAGGCCUAUGAAGCCUCUGUAGCUCCUUUUACAGUAGCCAUGUGUUCUGGAUGUGAAAUGUUGCUACUCCUUCUGGUCCACAAGGGCAAGAAAAGAGGAAUCCUUAGCACAGAAACAAAAAGGACUCUUCUAGUCUAA